AAUUCACUCACUUCCACUCAAUUAGAUUUCUAGGGUGCACCUUCCAAUUUUUGUUGCCUUUAAAAUAGGUUCACUCAUUCAACUCUCAAUCAACACAAAUAUUGCUACAUUUAAUUUGUAAAGUAAACUAUAGUCAUGGCUUCCAACACCAAAUUAUUCUCAGCCACCAUUUUAGUACUUUCUCUCCUUGCUUACUCAACAUUUACUGAGGCUAAGGGUUCAUGCUCACCAUCACCAAAGCCAAAGCCAAAACCUUCACCCCAAGGUCACUGCCCCAAAGAUACCUUAAAGUUAGGGGUUUGUGCUGAUGUUUUAGGACUGGUUAAUGUUGUUGUUGGAAAUCCUGCUUCAGGUAGUAAUUGUUGUGCAAUAAUCAAAGGUUUGGCUGAUUUGGAUGCUGCACUUUGUCUUUGCACUGCAAUUAAGGCCAAUGUGCUUGGAAUAAACUUGAACGUACCUCUCACCCUCACCUGGAUCCUUGGUGCUUGUCAAAAAACAAUCCCUCCUGGUUUUCAAUGUGCCUAAGGAUUCAAAUUAGGUUGUAUCUCAUUGUUUCCUAAGUAUGUACGUGCACUAUAAGUGUGUGGUUAUGUAUUAUUUCUCUUUGGUAAUUGUUGUUAACACUAUUUAACACUUUCUUUGUAACAUAUUCUUUAUUAUUGGUUGAAAUUUAUGGGAUACACCGUCACUCACUAUGUUAUAACUUAUAACUCAUGUGAAUUUCAACCAAUAAAAAAUAGCAUUGAAAAAGAAGUGUUAAGACUGUGUUAAUAAUAUUUUUUUAUUUUGUAAACUAAUCCAUUUUAUUUUAUUAUUGUAUUUUGUGUAAUUGUUAAGAUGUGGUUUGUUCAAAUAUUUAUUUGUGUGGAUUUCUCACAUUGUUUGGCUAAA